GUCACGUUUAAUGGUUUUAAUUUUUAGACUCGUGAUGCAAGAGGUCUUAGGUGUCCGCCUUAAUUGCCUGAAGAAUUUUUGUCGGUCUGGUCAAUGUGUCUUUCUGUGUUGCAUGUCCUUCAGUCCUGCCACAGUAUUUUUUAUACUACUUAUCUCAAACAUAUUUCCUGAAAGUAGGACCAGAAGCUAAUACUCGGCUUAACAAAUUGUUUAUUUUGUAUACGUCUUUUUAAAACUACGCACAACAUGGAUUGCAGGGUGCUGUCAAUUCAGAGUCAUGUUGUCAGAGGGUAUGUCGGUAACAAAUCCGCGUCUUUUCCAUUGCAGGUUCUGGGAUUUGAAGUGGACUCUGUUAACUCGGUGCAAUUUUCCAACCAUACAGGUUAUGCGCACUGGAAAGGGCAGGUUCUGACAGCGGACGAGCUCCAUGUUCUCUAUCAGGGUCUUAAACUUAACAAUGUGAACCAGUACGACUAUGUAUUAACAGGUUACACAAGAGAUACAUCAUUCUUAGAAAUGGUAGUUGAUAUUGUUCAGGAGCUGAAGCGGCAAAACCCCAAUCUUGUUUACGUUUGUGAUCCAGUGUUGGGCGAUCACGGCUCUAUGUACGUUCCAGAGAAUCUCCAUCCAGUUUACAAAGAGAAGGUUGUUCCAGUGGCGGAUAUCAUUACUCCAAACCAGUUUGAGGCUGAGUUACUCACCGGGAAGAAAAUCAGUAUAGAGAAAGAAGCACUUGAGGUAAUGGACUUGCUUCAUGAUAUGGGACCGGACACUGUGGUGAUCACCAGUUCGGACCUGCCGUCCUCUUUUGGAGAAAAUUAUUUGAUUGCACUGGGAAGCCACAAGAAAAUUAAUGCUGAUGGUACUAAAGUGACACAGAGGAUUAGAAUGGACAUCCCCAAAGUGGACGCUGUCUUUGUUGGGACGGGGGAUUUGUUUGCUGCCAUGCUGCUGGCCUGGACACACUUUCAUCCCAAUGACUUAAAGAUGGCUUGUGAGAAAACUGUUUCUGUCAUGUAUCAUGUCUUAAAGAGGACAAUCUCAUGUGCCAAAGACAUGGCAGGAGCUGGGAAAAAGCCGAGCGCGGCUCAACUGGAACUGCGGAUGGUACAGAGCAAAAAGGACAUUGAGAACCCAGAGAUUGUAAUACAAGCAACUGUGUUAUAAGCAUCACAUCAACCCCAAUACUGCACAAUGUAUAGAUGUUGUAAGUUUGACCUGUAAUGUGACAUUUGCCUUAGAUCUGUUACAAAGCACAACAUUUCCACAAGUCAAACAGCAAGUUUAAAGGCAAGAAAAACUAUGGGCCAGUACAAAACCAUAUUGUUGACCAGAAGGAUGGCGAUUCCCUUUUCUCAGGCAUCUUUACUGUUUAGAGUUGUAUUAACCUUUUUCCAACAUCAACAUGUAGUCUCCCAAUAAGGCUUUUUACUUAAUAGGUGACCAAAAGGUUGCAUUUCAAAUCAGGUAUUUUAUCUUAGUUUGGAUUACCUAUAAUAAUUAUAAAAACAGGGAAGCAUUUUUGCUGAUAAUAAGCAAACAAAAAAGAAAGACAGCAUAACCGGUCUCUGCCAGUCGAUGUGUAUACAGGUAACUCGCACCCCCUUUCUGAAGCUACCCUGCCAGUCGAUGUGUAUACAGGGAACUCGCUUCCCCUUUCUGAAGCUGCCCCUGCGAGUCGAUGUGUAUACAGGUAACUCGCACCCCCUUUCUGAAGCUACCCUGCCCGUCGAUGUGUAUACAGGUAACUCGCUUCCCCUUUCUGAAGCUGCCCCUGCCAGUCGAUGUGUAUACAGGUAACUCGCUUCCCCUUUCUGAAGCUACCCUGCCAGUCGAUGUGUAUACAGGUAACUCGCACCCCCUUUCUGAAGCUACCCUGCCAGUCGAUGUGUAUACAGGUAACUCGCACCCCCUUUCUGAAGCUGCCCUGCCAGUCGAUGUGUAUACAGGUAACUCGCACCCCCUUUCUGAAGCUACCCUGCCAGUCGAUGUGUAUACAGGUAACUCGCACCCCCUUUCUGAAGCUACCCUGCCAGUCGAUGUGUAUACAGGUAACUCGCACCCCCUUUCUAAAGCUACUUGGAGAUUAAAAUAAUUGUGAUUAUCCAUGAACCGACCAACCACCCUCAACCCACCCACCCCCUUUGCCAGAAUUGAUGAUAAUUUUGUUGCUUUCUAGUGACAUGCAAUAUAUUAAAAAAGGUGUAAGGGAUAUAUACAAAUGCUCCCAAUCUCCUAUUAGCCUAUAUGUCUAAUGUUGUAAAAUCAUACCAACGUGUAUGACUUGCCUUGUAGGAGUAAAAACUGACACAAAGGUCUGUUGUAAAGCAUUGGGUUAAAAAAAUCAGUCCCUUCCUUCCAUACUUAAAUUUGAUGACACCUUUUCCAUACAUUUACAUAUUUAGUAAGACAAUGGGAGUAAUAUUUUUUUAUGGCCAAGAAAAAGAGGUUAAUGCAGCUCUGAAAUAUAUUCUUCAUACUGCUUUACAUGAACCAGUGUACUGUACUUGUAUGAUUGUGUUUCUGUUGAGGGUGGGUGGGUGGUUGGGGGCAUCUACAGUAGUUUGGGGUUACAAAAACGGAACAAAAAAACAAAUUGAUUUUAUCGAGGUUUAAAAAGAUGUCGUGUUCUUCGUAAAAAACAUAUAUCCAAUUUGGACAAAGGAUUGCUUCACACGAAAGUAGACUAAAUAAUACAGAGAUUCAAUUUCAGAAGACUUGCACAACAUAUUUUACAAGACACAGGUGGUUUAAUAAAAGCCAAGUAAUCACCACAGAGACAUCUUACUUUUAAUCUCUUCAUGACAUUUAUUUUGUAGUAGUUGCUGUGCUUCAUUUGAAUAAAAAUAGAACGUGCAAAGUAAUCUUACCUUAAAUCAUUUCCAUUUGAGAUAUUAUUGAUUUACUUGAUACUAAUGAUACUCAUUUUAACUGUGAUUUUAUAAAGAUAAUUCUUGUUUUUCAAUUCACAUCCACAUCAGUUUAUGAGUCAGAGCUGUGCUCUAGGGAAUGGUUCUUCUUCAGUUUGAAUCAAGGAAGAAGAAGCAAUGACAGACAGUGGAUAUAGGAACCCACAGCAGGCAUCAACAUUUCAUGAUAGUAAGGGGGAGUUUAGGAAUCAAUACUGUAAAUGGAGAAAGCUGGUCAUAUAGAGAUUAACCUUGGUAAUAAGCAUUACCAGUAAUCAAAAGAUCAUAGAAAAAAGCAGGAUUGCCUUUUGUCAAUUAGUCUUCUACAGCUGAUAUCCCUCAACCCUCCCAUAUCUGUAACUGUCUGUUAACAUUUUAACGGUAUCCCACGUUUUUUUGUUUUUUUUUUUCAAUGGAAGAAAAGUAUUUGACUGGUAAAAGUUGUUAGUUAUCUGUUUUUUGAGUAAGACUAUUUUAUAACAUGUUUCAAUGAAGAUUGUAUUGUACAAAUCCACAUUUAUAUAAUAUGUAUGGUAAAAUGCAAUAAAAAUGAUUAUAUUA